AAUUUAUGUGCCAUUAUUAAUCUUCAUGGACCUAUCAAGGUCAGCUGUUGUUUGCGUAAGGAAACCUCGAUAAAAAUUUAAUACAGAACCUAGCACAACUAUUUCAAACAACACAGCAUUAGAAUUCUUCGUUCAAUCUUUAUAAGCAAACACAGUUGUGAUGAUUCAUUUAGAGAUGCUUAUUUUUAUCCGUGUUAUGAUUUAUUACAGAAAUCUGUGUUUCAGAUGAGUAUUCGUGAGUAACUGUUAUAAUUGGUGCAUGAAGUUCUAAAUGUCUUGCUUUUUCCCGGAAUUUUACAAAAUAUGAGUCUGGUGUAACCUUUGUUGUUCUCAAGUGGUUUGCUCUAGUACCAUAUUUCCCACUUCUCUUACUUCAUCAUAAUUAUAUUUUGCAUGUUUACAUUGAUAUAAAAUCAGUUGUCGCAUGUUAAAUCCUUAGCACUAAAUUUCUUGAUACACCUGUAGUUCGUAAUCUUUGUUGAAUAUAAAAUAUUCAUGUGCACCUUUAGAGUACCACAUUAUAAACCUUGACAGUAAACUGUGUUUUCCUCAAAGUUUCAUAUAUUCAUGUUGGGAUCAUAGUACUUUCAGUACCAGAAAAGGCCUCAAGAAUGUUGCCAAAGUGUAUGGAAAUAUUUGAUAGACAUCAAUAUCAGGACCAACAAGCUAGUUUGCAUCAGCGUCGAUCAUGUACCAACUAAAUCUCUACCCUAAAACGCUAUCAUAGACAAUUAGUUAAAUGGAACUCAUCACUAUGAACCCAGCCUCUUGAUUUUAAGCAGUCAUUCAACAGCACGGAUAGAAUUAUGUAGAAAUCUCAACACUAAUAUGUACCUAACAAGAUCGUCACUAUCAUAUGGAACCACAGCAAUGGAUGCUAAAGAAGACAGCCAAUGUAGCAAUGGCUGCCGUAUAAUUAGAUCUCAACAUACACGAAGGGAAAAGCAAGAUCUUGGAAUAUAAUACGCCAAAUUGUUGACAAAUCUACUAACAGGAAUUAUUUACGAUGACUUCAAAUUCCUUGAUAGAAGCAGGCUCAAUUGUUAUGCUUCGAGCUAUAGAACUUGAAAAACAAUUGAAAUUCACGGAAAGUUUAACAUGCUAUGAAGAAAGUAUCGGUUUAUUCAUCAAAGCUCUUCGUACUAUUCCUGAAAAUACACAAUUAGAUUUUAAAGAUAAACUCAGACUCAAAGUUUCCGAGUAUAUAACUCAUGCAGAAAAACUCAAGGCGAAACUUAAAAAAGAAUCAGAAAAUGGAAAUUAUCACGAACAAAUAGUUAUCGAAGAAGGUUCCACUGGUUAUGGUUAUAAAAAAAUUUUUGGAAGAUUUCUUGAAGAUGGUACAGUUAGAAAAGUUUGGAUGGAGGAUCCAUAUAUCAGGAAUAGUAGCCAAAUUGAGAAUUUUUCUCACUUUUGUGAAAUUAUGAUUCAAUCGCCGUCGAAUGUAAAAAAUAUUUAUUUGACUACUGGAAAAGAUGUUCAGCAUGCAGAUGAACAAAUAGCAAAGUUCGAAAUUUUAAAAGAGGAUUUAGAAAAGCAUUCAGUCACUUUUGAAUGGAUAUUUUCGGAUACAUUACAUGAUAGAGAAAUACGAUUUGAUAAUGGAUGGAUUGUUAAAAUUGGUCGUGGCUUAGACUAUAUACGUCGACCUCGGCAUAAAUUUUGUGGUCUUGGUGUACAUGACUAUGAAUUUAGGACAUGUUCAGCAACAACUAUUGACAUAUUCCAUUCUUCUAUUUUACGUCAAGACAUAUAAAAAAAUAAACAUGAAAUGUUUGUUUUUUUUGUAUAACCAAUAUUAUAGUAUAUGAUGUUAUUUUAUUUGUUUCACGUUGAAAAUAUAAAUCUGUAAGGGAUGAAUGAAAAAUAUUGACAAUUUCAAACAUAAAACAUUUUCGAUAACUUUCUAUAAUCAUUAGUCUUUCAUCUAUUUUUUGUUAAAAAAAAAAAGAAAUUGUUUUACAAAACCUUUUGUUUUUAUGUUACUCGAA